AUGGCAAGUAAGAGAAGAUUUAAAAAUACACGGUUGAUUGAUAAUACUUUAGUCGGGGAAUCAUCUAACAGAUUACUUGCUAAAGAAAGAAGAAAAAUGCGCAAGCUCUAUCUUGAUAGCAAACGAUCGAAUUCAAAGAAACAAAGUACUGGUCCUUUUAGUAGAGGAUGCUCAAAAGUCAAUAAUCGGUCUCAGGUCAUCGACAAAGAGAAUUAUAAUCCAAAUAUUUCUUCAUCAUCUAAUAAUUUUCACACAGUGCGGAACUUGAAAUAUGUAACCACAUCAGCAUCAUCAAGUACCAUCACGACCAGUGGUUUUCCUUUGAAUAACAAAUUUACCACUUCUACAAGUACUCGGUUUUCUAUUGUUUCAAACAUUGUUACACAAAGCAGUAACUCCAUUGGUCAAUCGUCUUCAACGUUAACAAAGCUGAAUUCCGGUAAACAAAAGCUUUUACCUAAGAAACGCCGUAUUGAUCCUCUUCCAAUGUUAGAUCUUACGUCUGAUGAUGAGAAUGUAGUCUUUGCUCCCAUUCAAGACCCUUGUAAGGGUGUAUCGACAGAUUAUUUGGAUCACGGUAAUCAAAGCCUUAAAUGUGAGAUGUGUGAUUCAUUGUUAUGGACUGACGAAGGUGGUAAAGGGAGAAUUACAUUGGGUAAGUUAACCUAUAGCUUAUGUUGUGGUUAUGGAAAAGUGGAGCUUCCGGAUUUGAAAGAGCCUUCUUCAAUAUACAAGGAUCUAUUUGCAAAUUCUAAUGAAAACAGCAAGUAUUUUCUAAAGAAUAUCCGUCGAUAUAAUUCUAUGUUCGCAUUCACAUCCAUGGGUGGAAAAGUAGAUUCAAGCAUCAAUAGUGGGAGGGCACCUUAUGUAUUUCGUAUAAGUGGACAGAAUUUUCAUUCAUUAGGUGGUUUGGUACCUGCACCUGGAAAACAGCCAAAGUUCUCCCAGCUUUAUAUUUAUGACACUGAGAAUGAAGUUUCAAAUCGAAACAAGUUGUUCAGUGACUCCACAAAUAAGUCCGACUUGCAUUUAAAGCAAAUAGAUCUUCAUCUCAUAAAGUUUUUAAAAGACUUCCUGGAUAAUAAUAAUCAGUUGGUUAAAAGUUACAGAAUAGCAAGAAACCACUUCAAUGAUAAUCCUAAUGAGAACUUCAAACUUCGUAUCAUUUACAAAAGAGAUCUUGAUGGUCGUACUUACAACUUGCCUUCAUCUUCUGAAGUUGCUGCAUUGAUUGUUGGUGGUAUCCAAGAAAUAGUUGACCAUCGUGAUAUUGUUGUUGAGUCUCACACGGAAGGUCUUCAACGAAUAAGUGAACUUCAUCCAUCAUAUCUUGCACUUCAGUAUCCAAUUCUUUUUCCCAAUGGUGAUGACGGAUAUAGAAUAGACAUUCCUCAUAGGGAUGGUAUAAGUACUUUAAAGAAAAUUAGUCCCAAGUGUACAAUGAGAGAAUUCUUUGCUUAUAGAAUCCAAGAUCGAUCAACUUCAUUUUCGCUAAUAUUAAAUGCCCGCAGAUUGUUCCAGCAAUUUUUGGUUGAUGCAUAUACCAUGAUCGAGAGUGAAAGACUUAAUUAUAUCCGUUUUCAACAAAAACAUCUUAGGUCUGAAUCAUACAAAAAUCUUCAGAAAUUUAAGAAUGAAGGAAAAGAGGAUCUAUCUAAUACUGGUGUACAGUUAGUACUACCAUCAUCUUUUACUGGUGGGUCUCGGUAUAUGCAGCAAAAUUAUCUAGAUGCUAUGGCUAUUUGCAAAUGGUUCGGGUAUCCUGAUUUUUUCAUUACGGUGACAUGUAAUCCUAAGUGGCCAGAGAUUAUCCGAUACCUUCGAAAUACUUCUAUUAAGCAAGAGGACAUACCAGAUAUUAUGUGUCGUUUGUUUAAGAUGAAACUGGAUUCAAUUAUAAAGGAUUUGAAGGACAAGAAAGUGCUUGGAGCACUAAGUGCAGCGGUUUAUACUGUUGAAUUUCAAAAACGUGGGUUGCCACAUGCUCACAUUUGUAUUUUUUUGAAACCUGAAUCCAAGCUUCUCUCCGUUGAUCACGUAGACAAAUUCAUAUCUGCUGAGAUACCAGAUAAGAUUCAAGAUCCCGCUCUUUAUGCUCUUGUAUCCGAGUUUAUGAUUCAUGGUCCAUGUGGAAAUGCAAAUCCCAAUUGUCCUUGUAUGGUUGAUAAUAGAUGUUCAAAAAAAUUUCCAAAAAAAUUCAUUAAUGAAACAAUUACCGAUGCUGAAGGUUUCCCUGUAUACAGAAGAAGAGAUAAUGGAAACACCAUUAUCAAGUCCAAAGUUCAAUUGGACAACAGAAGUGUCGUUCCAUAUAAUCCGCUUCUUUUGAAAAGAUACCAAGCUCACAUUAAUGUAGAAUGGUGCAAUCAAGCGGGUUCUAUCAAAUAUUUGUUUAAAUACAUUAAUAAAGGUCCAGACAAAGCAUCGCUUGUGGUGUCAAAUGGAGACGGUACAGAUAACGAACAAACAGCAAAGGAUGAGAUCAAAGCUUAUUAUGAUUGUAGGUACGUUUCCGCUUGUGAAGCUUCUUGGAGAAUAUUUGCAAAUGAAGUUCACUAUAGGUUUCCUCCAGUUAUGAGGCUUCCUUUUCAUAUGGAAGGUCAACAAAAUGUUGUUUUUGGUGCCGAAGACGAUAUUGAAGAAGUGUUGGACAAGCCAUCAGUCUCUUCAUCAAUUUUUUUAAAGUGGAUGGAGAUGAACAUAAAUAAUGAGGAAGCACGGAAGCUUACGGAUGCAUGUUAUGCAAUGGGUUUGUUAGACGAUGACAUGGAAUACAUCGAAGCUAUUAAAGAAGCGAGUUUUACGGGAGAUGGUCAUUAUAUUCGUGCAUUGUUUGUCACUUUGCUGUUGUCAAACACAUUAUCAAGACCUGAAUUUGUUUUCGAACAAACAUGGAAAUACUUGGGGGAUGACAUUUUAUACAAAACGAGAAAAGAAACAAAGAACAAAGAUCUUGUAAUGUCAGAUGACAGAUUGAAGAACAAGACAUUGGUGGAGAUUGAGAAGUACCUCAUUCGAAAUGGGUCCUCUUUGACACGAUGGCCAACAAUUCCUUAUCCUGAUUACGAUUCGUUUGCUGUUGGAAACAAUCGUCUGGUUGACGAAGAACUGUCUUUUAGUGUUCCUCAGAUAAUGACAGCCGUUGAAGGCGACAAAGGAGGUGUAUUUUUUGUUUACGGAUAUGGAGGAACGGGGAAGACGUUUUUGUGGAAGACGUUAGCCUUAACCGUUAGGUCGAGAGAGCAGAUUGUUUUAAAUGUGGCUUCAAGUGGUAUUGCUUCACUUCUAAUGUCAAGAGGUAGAACGGCUCAUUCUAGAUUUCACAUCCCCAUUAAUUUAGAUGAGAGUUCUAUGUGUCACAUAAGGCCCGAUGGUGAUGUAGCUUAUCUGCUUAAACAAACUAGGUUGAUUAUAUGGGACGAAGCACCCAUGGUACAUAGACAUGCGUUUGAAGCUUUAGAUAGAACAUUAAAAGAUAUUUUUGUCGAUAAAAGCAAUUGUCAGUCGGAUGUUUUGUUUGGAGGUAAGGUUAUCGUUUUUGGUGGUGAUUUUAGACAAAUUCUUCCUGUUAUUCCAAACGGAAGUAGGCAAGAAAUUGUUAACGCUUCGUUGAGUUCAUCCUAUAUAUGGCCCCAUUGCAAGUUACUUACUUUGACCAAAAACAUGAGAUUGACUGUUGGUGUUUUACCAUAUACAGUCGAGUCGACAAAGAGAUUUGCCCAAUGGCUUCUUGAUAUUGGCGAGGGUAAAGUUGGAGGGGAUAAUGAUGGUGUAGCAACUGUAGAAAUACCAUCUGAUUUGUUAAUCAUAGAUUCUUUGGAUCCCAUCGAAAGUUUAAUUCAAUUUGUAUAUCCAUCUGUUCUUGAAAGAUAUAAGGAUCGAGAUUAUUUUUCUGAAAGGGCGAUUCUGACACCAAAAAACGAGGUGAUAUCUGGUUUACCUAAUCAUCGUUUGGUUUUAAAACUUGGAGUUCCAAUUAUGCUUCUUAGGAACAUUGAUCAGCAAAAUGGUUUGUGUAAUGGUACAAGGUUACAGGUUACAUUUCUUGGAAAGAGGGUUAUAGAAGCUGAAAUUAUAUCAGGUGCUAAUGUCGGAACCAGAACAUUCAUACCAAGAAUUAGUAUGGUUCCCUCCGACAAAAAAAUUCCUUUUGCUUUUCAAAGACGACAGUUUCCUGUUGCUGUGUGCUUUGCUAUGACGAUCAACAAGAGUCAAGGCCAAUCUUUAUCUAAGGUUGGAUUGUUUUUAAAAGAGCCCGUUUUUACACAUGGCCAGCUAUAUGUAGCAUUAUCAAGAGUUAAAUCAAGGGAAGGUGUGAAGAUGUUAAUUCUUGAUAAGGAUGGCAAACCUACCAACACAACAACUAAUGUGGUUUACAAAGAAGUGUUCACACACUUAUGA